CCGAGGUUUGGAAGCUCCAGCUCCGAGCCGGGGAUCGGCCCCAAAGGCUUCUCAGCUCUGUUGCCCGGUAGGCCUUUGGCUCCUGCCUGGGGCCGGGGCCUCCGGCUGUGGAAGUGCAAGGACCAGCUCAGUGGCGUGGGCGCUGCUCCCCGGGCUGAGAGCCUCAGGCUGUAAAUACCAGCUUCUCCUGGUGAAGUCGGCAAAAUGGAGCGUCAGUGCUGAGGGCACUUCCGUCUUCUCCCUCAGUGUUUCUGCCGCAGCCGAGCAGACGCGCACCGACAUGACCUUCAAUCUACGAGGACUGCAGGCUGGUGGAGAAGAGGAUCUAGGACUUCACUGAGUCACUCUUCAUCAUGCUCAAGUACAAGUGGCUGGAUGGGACCCCGACAAGUCUGGGGACAAGAUCCCACUCCUCUGCACCUUGUUUGAGAAGGAGGACUUCAUGGGACUGGACACAGACAGCAGUACGUUUUGGUUACUGAGACCCUCGAAUUCCCAUAUGAAUUGUAGCAGCAGCUAGUCAGUUACUGCAGAGGAGCCCGCUGGGAUUGUGAUCGAGACCACGUGAAGUAUACGGAUAACUCUGGGGAGCACUGCCAUCCCAAGAGCGCUGUCAUCUUAUCCAGGAAUGUGCAUCGUGUGUCUGUCCAGGUGAUACAGCUCUGGUUGCUGCAUGUGCCCUUCCCCAAGCCUUGGUUUUGGAGUUGAGUGCCCUCACCUCCAGUGGCAUCCAUCCAGACACCAGCAUUGACAAUGGCCGUGCUCAGAACCGCCUCAGCCCUGAAGACACAACUGACAAAUAGAAGGGGGCCGCGCCCUGUUACAGCAGGUGCUCUCACUUUGUGGGUCCUUAUGUAACUGCGUGGUGUUAAUCAGGAUCGCCCGUUCUACAUUGUGUGACGCUGCUGCGGUGUCUCCUAGUUAUUGUUUCUUGCAAGAAUGCCGGUGACUCAGUUAGAAGCGUGCAUCCAAGCCGUCCUUCCGAGUCAUCAUCAUCUAGAAUCGGUGCCUGAAUCUUCUGAAUUUCUCCAGAAUGUGGUUUACAAUCACCUUCAAAAACUGUAGAAAUAUCUCACAUCUAUAACGUGUAUGCAGGAUUAUAAACAGACAAAAGCUAGAGAUCUCAUAGCUUCACUUUGAAGAUAAGCUUCACCUUAUAAGGAUCUGAGGAGCAGGAGCAAGGAACGCAGGGAGAGAUCCAGGAAGACAUCUGACUGUGUUAAGAGACGACAAUCACAGCGACACAGGAAGUGAGGACACUUGCAGCAAAGUAAAACGACUUCACAACUAUUGCAUCAGAGCUGCCGGUGUGAGAGAGCCUAAGCCUGUCUCAGAGGGCAGGGGACAAGCUGAAAGGAAUGGUAAAUUUCCACUGACAGUUGAAAUUUUGUUAAAUAGCCUGCUACUAUUGAUCGUAUCAAUUGAAUGAAUGCAGGCAUAUUUCUGUGGGCAUUUAUAGGUUCACUCAACCCCACCAGCCCCUCUUGCCACCAUCGGGGAUGGGAUUUUUCAAGCACAGUGCCCCUCCUGCUUGAGUGGGCCACGCUGCGGGUCCUCACCUGGGGCCGGACUGCUACAGGGCACUGAGUCCCCGAGGCACGGCCUGCGAGACACGACAGGAACAUCUCUGCUCUUGACUGGGGGCCUCCGUUUCACCCUGCAGUGUAAGAAUGCUGGUGACUCAGUUAGAAGCAUGCUUUGAAGCUGUCCAUGUCCUCGCCAUCGAGAAGCAGAGCCUGGAAGCUUCCGAAUUUCUCCAGGAUGCGGUCUACAUUCACCUUCAGCAGGUUUCCGAGGAGAGAAUUCAGCAGUGCAGCAUCCGCUCCGAGCUCUAUGAGUUGAUCGGCUUCCACUGCAAGUCCGCCUUCUUCAAGCGGGUGGCCCCCGUGCAGCGCGCGGCCCCCGGCAUCCCGGAGCCUGGCGGGAAGGCCUGCUCCCGACUCCUUCUGCAGACGCUUCCUGGCUACAGUCUGUCGCUGUUUCCGCAGGACUUCAGCAAAGGUGUUGGAACUAAAACAUCGCAUCAGUCCCAUUAAACAUGCCUGUUUUGGGCCCUGCUGUCCUGUCUCAUCAGGGUGAAUUUUGAUUCGUUUAGAACAGGGCUCAACAGACUUUUUCUGUCAAGGGCUUGGGAGUAAAUAUUUCAGGGUCUGCAAACCUCCUGAUCUCUGGUGCAGCUGCUCAGCUCUGCUGUUCAGAUGCCAAAGCAGCCGGACAGUCCACACACCCUCAGAGCUUUAUUAACAGCGGUGGCUGGGGCUGGAUUUGGUGUAUGAACAGCAGUUGGUCCCCACAGCCUCCUCACUAUUGACGCCUGCACCAGAGCGUGCAUUUGCGACAAUGGGUGAACCUACACUGACACGUCAUCAUCACCCAGAGCCCAUGCUUGACACUAGGAUUUACACUUGGUGGUGUGCACUCUGUGGGUUUGGACAGAGGUGCAAUGACAUGUAUCCACCGUCACAGCAUCAUACAGAGUAAUCUGUGUUAGUGACCCUAAAAAUGCUCCGUGCUGCACCUCAUUAACUGCUCCUUCCCCUCUAGAAACUGACAACCACUGAUCUUUUAGUCUCUGUGGUUUUCCCUUUCCCAGAACACCAUAAAGUUGGAAUCAGAACUUUCCCAGAUUGGCUUCUUUCACUUAGUAAUAUGCAUAUAAGGUUCCUCCAUGUCUUUCAAUGUCUUGAUAACUCAUUUCAUUUUAGCACCAAAUAAUAGUCCAUUUUCUGGCUGGACCACAGUUUAUCCAUUCACCUACUGAAGAACAGCUUAGUUGAUUCUGAGUUCUGGUGAUUAUGAAUAAAGCUGCUAUUAACAUCUGUAUGCAGAUUUGUGUGUGGACAUAAGUUUCCAUUUCGUCGAGUAAACACCAAGAAGCACAGUUGCCCGAUCAUAUGUUAGAAGUUCGUCUAGUUUUGUAAACAACUGCCAGACCGUCUUCCAAAGUAUCUGGGCCAUUUUACAUUCCCACCAGCAAUGCAUGAGAAUUCCUGAGGCUCCAUAUCCUCAACAGCAUUCGGUGCCUUCAGUGUUCUGCGUUUUGGCAGUUCUGACAGGUGUGCAGUGGUACCUCGCUGUUUCAGUCUGCAUCCCCUUGAUGACAGAUGCUGUGGAGCAUCUUUCCAUAGACUUCUUUGGCAUCUAGAUUUCUUUUUUGAUGAGGUGUUUGUUCAGGCAUUUUGCUCAUUUUUUAAUCAGGUUAUUCAUCCUUCUUGUUGAGCUUAAAGAAAUUUUGGUGUAUUCUGGAUAUCAGUCCUUUAUCAGUGUGUCCCUGCCCUUCACCUGCAGCACCAGAGUUGUCCUUUUGGUCUCAGUGGAGUGUCAGCUCUUCAAAGAGGUUCCCAGUCUUCCCUCAGCCUAAAUACUGUCCUUGUAGUUUUCACUUUCAUUGAUUCAUUUUGUUCUUUUUAAAUAACUUUUCCCAUAAUUUGUAAGUACAUUAAAAAAGGGCAAUGAUUGAACACCGCCUCCCCCACCAGGCUGUGUGUCCUGUGAGAGCAGAGGCCCUGUCACCACUUAUCGUUUCCCAUGACAGCUCAUGGCACAUGUCCAUGUAAAAGUGUGUAAUGUGGGGCCAAACCUGAUGAGCAGCUAUGACAUCAUGUGUUGUCUACCAUUUAUUGAGUAGACUUUGUUUCUGAUCUUAAUUAUUAAAUCACAUGAAUGAAACGUUUGUUUUGAAAAAGAAAACAACAAAGCACACCUCCAUGUGAUUGGUACUUUCUACUUAGCCUUCUGACCCAGGAGGGGAUGUUCACCAUCAUUUUGUGGAGGAGGUUGGGGAGGUAAAGUAAGAGAGUGAGAUCAAAUAAAGUAAAAAUGAUAACUAUCA